UAUAUUCCCUUCCUAUAUCUCUUCCAUUUCCUAUUACUCCCACUAAUAUUUCUUCUUCUGCGUGAUAUCAAUUAUUACUAAUUUUUUACGCAUCUAGUCUUCAAUCUUCAAGAAAAGAGAAAAUUCAGAAACAGUUAUGGUUGUGUUGUUCUUGGUGAAGAGUGGCAAAGUUGUAGCCAAUGGAAGUACCUAAGAUCAUCAUCAAUCGCCCCAAAAACAACCUCGUUCAUUCAAUAGUCUUUCUCUUCGGUUUCUAUUGUUGGGAUUGGGAAUUCCUCACUGCCCUUUUGCUUUUCAGUUACUAAUCCUUCUAAUUCCUUUUUUUCUUUUUAUAACUUUCCCUAGGAUUCAACUAACUCAUAAUAAACUCAAAACCUCCAAAAGGGGGGUUUUCGUAAUUUCUGUAAGUUCAUAGAUUUAGGGAAAAAACAGGGGAUGUCGGGAAGAACAACACCGGCGCCGUUUUUGUUGAAGACAUAUCAGUUGGUGGAUGACGUGGCAACAGACGAUGUAAUAUCAUGGAAUGAAAGUGGUACAACAUUUGUGGUGUGGAAAACUGCUGAAUUUGCAAAGGAUUUGCUGCCAACUUACUUCAAGCACAAUAAUUUCUCCAGCUUUGUUCGUCAGCUUAACACCUAUGGUUUUCGAAAGAUUGUGCCAGACAAAUGGGAGUUCGCCAACGAGAACUUCAAAAGAGGACAGAAGGAGCUCCUCACAGCAAUUCGCCGGCGGAAGACCGUAACAUCAACCCCAGCUGGUGGGAAGUCCGUGGCAGCGGGGACUACAGCAUCCCCGGACAAUUCCGGGGAUGAGAUAGGUUCGAGUUCAACCUCUUCCCCGGACUCCAAGAACCCGGGGUCGGUGGAGACCCCGGGAAAGUCGUCCCAAUUCACGGACUUGUCGGAUGAGAACGAGAAGCUCAAGAAAGACAACCAGAUGCUGAGCUCUGAACUGGCGCAGGCAAAGAAACAAUGCGACGAGUUGGCUGCUUUCUUGAGCCAGUACGUGAAGGUUGCACCCGAUAUGAUCAACCGUAUCAUGAGCCAAGGAACCCUCUCAGGGUCCAGCCUUGAAGAGUUGGUCAAGGAUGUUGGUGGUGUUAAUAAAUAUAUAGAAGAACAAGGUAGUAAUAAUGAUGAUGAUGAAGAAGAUGAUGACAAAAAGGGUGAUACUCUGAAACUAUUUGGUGUGUUAUUGAAAGAAAAGAAGAAGAAAAGGGGUCUGAAUGAGAGUAUUGAUUUUUCUGGGCCACAUGGGAAAAUGAUGAAAACUGUGGACUAUAAUGCUCCUUGGAUGAAAAUGUCUUCUGUGCCUGGAGAGAGCAACAAGGUCUGUAACUGAGGUGAAGUUGAUGUUAAGGUGGAGUCGUGAAGUUUAGCUUCUUCCUUUUGAUGUAGUAAUUUCAUUGGAUUUACAAGUUUGAUGUUAUGAAUAAAUAGACAGUUUAAUUAGUAUGAGUAGUAUUGGGGUUAUAUUACUAUCAAGAGUAGUAACCCCAACUAGAAAUAUAUACGUACAAGUACUAUCAAGUCUUAUGCCCCAGCCUGAAGGUUGGUUUGUGUAGCAGUCAAAACUCCUAAUAAUAAUGGUUUUUGAUUUA